UGAAAAUAUAACCUCACCGUAACUACAAAUAAAAAUGAGACUAAUUAAUUUACUAAAAAAUUUAAGAAUAACUUAUACACAAACAAUAAGAACUUAUUCAGACUACACUCCUAAACCGUUGCGUAGUUUAAAGCCAAAGUCAAAUCGACAAUACGUUCAAUAUUACGUGGAUUCGUGCAGAGUUCGGGCUGUUGGUGGAAAUGGUGGCGAUGGGUGCAUUUCUUUCCUAAGCGCCUGGUGUAAAGAACACGCUGGACCUGAUGGCGGAGACGGUGGCCAUGGCGGACAUGUUAUAUUUCAGGCAUCACACACAGUAAAGAGUUUAAAUCACUGUAGAUCUGUGGUCCAAGCUAAACAUGGUGGUCGGGGAGACAACAAAGACUGUACGGGGAAGAAUGCACAGCAUGUUGUUAUACCUGUGCCCUUAGGUACAAUAGUGAAGGAUGCUCAGGGCCGUGUGUUAGGUGAUCUUGAGGCUGAGGGCACAAUGUUUGUGGCAGCUCGAGGUGGUGCUGGAGGCAGGGGGAACAAGUUCUUCCUCACCGCAACACAACAGGCGCCAGAUAUAGCGGAGUUAGGCGCUGUAGGCGAGACUUGUGUGUACACAUUGGAGGUCAGGUCAAUGGCCCACGUUGGUCUGGUGGGCUUUCCCAAUGCGGGCAAGAGUACUUUACUAAGAGCUGUAACAAGAGCUCGGCCCACUGUAGCACCUUACCCGUUUACAACAAAACAACCUCAUAUUGGUAUGGUUUUAUAUGAUGACUACGAGCAGAUAGCUAUUGCAGAUCUUCCCGGACUCAUUCCUGGUUCACAUAAGAAUUACGGAUUAGGUAUCCAAUUCCUCCAACACUUGGAAAGAUGUCGCGGCCUUAUUUACUUAUUAGACGGGGCAUCGGAUGCUCUCCAGCAACUCCUGACCUUGGAGCAUGAGGUUCAGCAGUACAGCGCGGAGCUGGCCACAAGGCCCAGCCUCCUGGUCCUCAAUAAGACCGACCUGGAGACCGGAGAGAGAGCAUACGAAGAUUUGAAGACUAAAAGACCGGAGACCGUGUUGGGUAUAUCAGCGAAGACCGGACAUAAUGUUAGCGAGUUGUUGAAAGCGAUCAGAAAUUUGUAUGAUAAUAAUUUGUAGGUUAUGUUUUAAUUAUUAUAAUAUUU